UCUGGUCCCGAGAGCCGGCUAUGGAGGCGCCGCGCUGUGGAAUGACACCCCGCGGGUACAGUGUCUUUGAAGAUGAAACAAUGCGGCUUCGACAGCUAAAACUGGACAAUCAGAGAGCGCUGCUGGAGAAGAAGCAGAGAAAAAAGCGCCUUGAGCCACUCAUGGUGCAGCCAAACCCUGAAGCCAGGCUGCGUUGGUCCAAGCCAAGGGGUAGUGAGGAUCAGACUCCUCUGGUGGAUCCCUGUCCCCCUCACAGCGAUGUCUUCCUGCACGGCAUUGAUGGGCCAGCCGCCUCCCUGAAGCCAGAUGCCCAAGAGCUGGAAACCAAAAUUCAUGUUCUCUCCAUAGGCUCUGCUGCUACAGAAGAGGAGACUAAAGGCGGUGCUGAUGGGGAGAGCACUUUGGAGACCGUUCCCAAGCCAGAUCUGCAGGAGAUUCUUCAAAAACACGGUAUUUCAAGCAGUUUGAAUUUUGAUGAGGAAGAAAGUGAUGGUGAGGAAGAAGAAGGAAAAAAAUCAAGUCCGCAUUCCCCACAUUCAGAAACAGGAAGACCCAGUUCUGCCUCCAGCCAGAAAUCAGCCAAGGAUACAGGUGUUUCUGGAACUGCUGCCCAACAGGCUGAGCAGCAGCUGGGGGAUGUGGAGAACCUGGAGGAGUUUGCGUACAGCCCUGCCCCUCGGGGCAUCACCGUGAAGUGCCGGGUGACCCGGUACAAGAGAGGAGUGGAUCAGGGGCUCUUCCCCACCUACUACAUGUUCUUGGAAAAAGGAGAAAAUCAGAAGACAUUUCUUCUUGCAGGUAGAAAACGGAAAAAGAGCAAAACAUCCAACUACCUGAUCUCUACUGACCCAACGAAUCUGUCUCGGGAAGGAGAAAGUUACAUUGGCAAGCUCAGAUCCAACCUCAUGGGGACCAAGUUCACAGUCUACGAUCAUGGUGUCAACCCCAUGAAGGCCCAGGGCCUGGUGGAGAAGGUGCACACCCGGCAGGAGCUGGCCGCCGUCUGCUACGAAACAAAUGUGCUUGGAUUCAAAGGCCCCAGGAAAAUGUCUGUGAUCAUUCCUGGGAUGAAUAUGAAUCAUGAACGGAUCCCGUUUCAGCCACGAAAUGACCACGAGAGCUUGCUUUCAAAGUGGCAGAACAAGAGCAUGGAGAACCUGAUCGAACUACACAACAAGGCCCCCGUGUGGAAUGACGACACUCACUCGUACGUCCUGAACUUCCAUGGCCGGGUCACCCAGGCGUCUGUGAAGAACUUCCAGAUAGUCCACGCCAAUGACCCAGGUCCAACGGGCGCUCCUCCAAGCCGAGCCUUGGAGGGCAAGGCCGGCACCAUUACCUCCAACGAGUGGAGCUCUCCUAACUCCCCCGAGGGGAGCAACAUCUCUGGGGGCAGCCAAGCACUGGACAAGCCCAUCGACAAUGAUGCUGAGGGUGUGUGGAGCCCAGACAUCGAGCAGAGCUUUCAGGAGGCUCUGGCCAUCUACCCACCCUGUGGCCGGCGCAAGAUCAUCCUGUCGGACGAGGGCAAGAUGUAUGGGCGGAAUGAGCUGAUUGCCCGCUACAUCAAGCUUCGGACAGGGAAGACCCGCACCAGGAAGCAGGUCUCCAGCCACAUCCAGGUGCUGGCUCGUCGCAAAGCCCGUGAAAUCCAGGCCAAGCUCAAGGAUCAGGCAGCUAAGGACAAGGCCCUGCAGAGCAUGGCUACCAUGUCGUCCGCCCAGAUCAUCUCGGCCACGGCCUUCCACAAUAAAGUGGCCCUUGCCCGGGGCCCAGGCUAUCCAGCAGUCUCAGGGCUCCCGCUGGUUCAAACACACAGCCUCACUCCCAGCCCAGGCCCUUGCUCUGUCUCCACCAUGUGUUCACUCCCCACGUGUGCUCAGUGCCCCGCUGACUCUGCACUUUUUAUCCUCCCCCAGUUUUGGCAGGGAGCUUUGCCAGGCCAAGCCGGAACGUCCCAUGAUGUGAAACCUUUCUCUCAACAGCCCUACCCUGUCCAGCCUUCACUAACUCUACCAGGGUUUGAGUCUCCUGCAGGACCCACGCCGUCACCCUCAGCGCCGUCAGCACCCCCGUGGCAGGGCCGCACCGUGGCCAGCUCCAAGCUGUGGAUGUUGGAGUUCUCAGCCUUCCUGGAGCAGCAGCAGGACGCGGACACGUACAACAAGCACCUGUUCGUACACAUCGGCCAGUCAAGCCCGAGCUACAGUGACCCCUACCUCGAAGCCGUGGACAUCCGCCAGAUCUACGACAAAUUCCCAGAGAAGAAGGGAGGCCUCAAGGAGCUCUUUGAACGGGGACCCUCCAAUGCCUUUUUCCUGGUGAAGUUCUGGGCAGACCUCAACACCAACCUCGACGACGAAGGCAGCUCCUUCUACGGGGUCUCCAGCCAGUACGAGAGCCCCGAGAACAUGAUCAUCACCUGCUCCACCAAGGUCUGCUCUUUCGGCAAGCAGGUGGUGGAGAAGGUCGAGACAGAGUAUGCCCACUACGAGAACGGCCACUACUCGUACCGCAUCCACCGCUCUCCGCUCUGUGAGUACAUGAUCAACUUCAUCCACAAGCUCAAGCACCUGCCCGAGAAGCACAUGAUGAACAGUGUGCUGGAGAACUUCACCAUCCUGCAGGUGGUCACCAACAGGGACACGCAGGAGACCCUGCUGUGCAUUGCCUACGUCUUCGAGGUGUCGGCCAGCGAGCACGGGGCCCAACACCACAUCUACCGGCUGGUGAAAGAAUGAGACUUGGGGAGCAGGGCGCGUGGUGGCGGGGAGGGCACCUGCACGGAUAGCCUCCUGAAGUGCUAAGGGAGGUUGGAACCGCCCUGGCGGGUGACUCUUCCUGCCCCAGCCACAAACUGUGCCUCAGCCUGCAGUGCCCAACCCCCAAUAAAUCCACAGUCUUGUGUAUUUUCAGAGGAA